AUGGGUGUCUAUCUUGGGCUACCAGAAAAAAUCUGCGGGAGCAAGAAACAGGUUUUUGCUUUCAUCCAAGACCGGUUACAAAGUCGUAUUAACUCAUGGUCAGCGAAGCUCCUGUCCAAAGGCGGAAAAGAAGUUCAGAUUAAGUCUGUGGCACAAUCUCUACCCACAUAUGUAAUGUCAUGUUUCCUACUGCCGCAGGAGACUAUCCGUACACUCACAAACGCAAUAUCUCGUUUCUGGUGGAGUACCAAGAAUAACAAUCGCGUGCUCCAUUGGGUUGCAUGGAAAAAGAUCUGCGCUCCGAAAGAGGCUGGAGGAUUAGGUUUCCGAGAUCUUAAAAACUUCAAUCUCGCAUUACUUGCGAAGCAACUUUGGAGACUCUUACAAUACCCAAACUCUCUCUUGGCACGAGUCCUCAAAGGUAUAUACUACCGUCUCUCGAACCCGUUAAAUGCCAACAAAGCGAGUACCCCUUCCUACGUGUGGAAAAAUCUUAUGGCGGCUCAACCCCUGCUCAAAAGCGGCAUUCAAAAAUCUAUAGGAACGGGACACAAUACUCUUUUCUGGGCAGACCCUUGGCUCCCAACAACUUCGGCACGACCAGCAAUAACCUGCGGCCCUUCCUUCAACCCAUCGCUUAAAAUCGCGGACCUUUUAGACCCUGUUUCAAAAACUUGGAAGCUUGAUCGCUUACGGGAACUUGUUCGUCCUAGUGACAUUCCCCUCAUUAAGAGUCUCAGACCGACGCGAACUCCCAGAGCAGCAAUCUACUUCUGGAACCUCACCAAAUCAGGUAUUUACUUUGUAAAAUCUGGUUAUGAACUGGCCAUGGCAACAGCAGAACCCUCGGAUCCUGCACAAGUCUUGGAACCUAGCAUCACCUCUCUCCAAGCUCGUGCUUGA